GGAUGCAACCACGCUUUCCAGCAAGAUGCUACUGACUACUGAGUAACUGAUUAGUUUGAAAGUCAAGAGUAGACUUACUAGUAUGCCAUGCAGCAUGGUAUACCAGGAUCAGUGAUUCUGUCCAUCCAUCACGUCGGUUCACCGCACUUCGUUCAGAAUGGUUACCAUGACUUUGUGUUUCACUGUGAUUGUUUUGUUUUUUCGAUGGUCGUUGACUUUUGUAUAGUGUAUCUGGUCUAGUCAAACUACGAGAAGCUUUCAACCAAAAUCUGGGAGCUUCGUUGACGGAGUCGCCAUGGAAGGGGAGGAAGUUGGCAUUCGCCACCAAACAGACGGCGGCCAGAAGACAACCUACGGUGCCACGGGCAGUCGACCUAGUAGCGGUGAUGAAAGAACAGCGCAGAUAGCAGGAACCUCGGACUCUGCUCCAGUCGCUGCUACCGAUGAUGGGACGUCAGGCUUGAAAUCCGCUCAGGGAGUACCUGCAGGGCCCUCUACUAGCUAUUCCGAUGCUGUUGGACUGUCUUCUAGGCGAAAAAAGGCGAUCUUCCUCUGCCUAGCCCUGAACAGCACGUUUGUGAUGAUCUGCAUCGCCGUGUUGCUCCCAUUCUUUCCACAGCAAGCUGCAAAGAAAGACCCCAGUGACAGUGGUGAUGUGCAAGGUGCCUCUGCUAUUGGCUUCAUCUUCAGCAUCACCCCACUCGCACAAUUCUUUGGUGCACUAUUUGUUGGCAGGAUUAUACCGAAAACUGGACCGAAAAUGGUUUUAAUGAUCGGUGGUGUACUGGUGGCAGGAGUGAUCUCGCUCUUUGGGUUCGUGAAUGACAUAGAUGACUGGGCAGAUUUCUUGGUCAUAUGUUACGCACUACGCUUUGUGCAGGGCAUUGCAGGUGCAAUGAACAUAACGGCCACAUUCGCAGUCCUUGUUGGUCUCUUCCCGAACAAUGUUAGCCUUGUGGCUGGUACGAUCCGUGCAUUCAAUGGAGUAGGAUUCGCAGCCGGUCCAGUCAUGGCAGGAGCGCUUUAUGAUGCUGGUGGCUUCACUUUGCCAUUUCUUGUCCAUGGCGGUAUCAUGUUUGCUGGCACUAUUUGGCUCUUUUUCACACUUCCCGGAGAUGCUGAAGUUGGCACAGGGAAGAAAGGCAACAAGAUGUUCAAAGACUCGUUUACAAUACCAUGGUCAUUUGUGUGGUGCAUGACAAUGUUCAUUUGCGGCACUACAAUCGGUAUGCUUGAUCCUAAUUUAUCACCUUUUCUGGAGGACGAGUUUGGCUUGAGUGCAACUGAAAUCGGCCUGGUCUAUCUCGUCUUUGCUGGUACCGUUGCAGCCUCGGCACCAGUCACAGGCUAUCUGGGCGAUCGAUACAUCAAUCCAAACAAACUCCAACCGCCAAGUAUGCUCGUGCUGUGCCUUGGACUGGUCCUGCUUGGACCCUGGGCGGAAACAAACCUGACAUCCAAGCUAUGGAGGAGUAUCAUCAGCUUGGUGCUGGUGUCCAUCGGGUUCUCAUCUGGCAUAACUCUAGCCACGCCAGGCAUUCUCAAUGCCAUGCACAAGGCCGGAUACGAAGACACACUGGAGCUGCAUAGCAACCUUGGUGGCACUGUAACGGCACUAUGGGCCGCCGGUCUCACCAUUGGACCUACAGUAGGGACAACUGUUGUUAGUGCUAUUGGGUUUCCCAAGACCAAUGCUAUCUUCUCCAUACCUGUACUCUGUGUGGCAACACUCGGCUUAGCGGUGGGUGCUGCAUAUGCACUCAAGGAUUUAUACUAUCGCCAAAGAACUGGCACCUAUAGUCUAGAGCGGCAGCGGCUCUUACCAUCCAAGGAUCAGUCAACUGCAAUGUGAAUACCUGAGUCUAUGCCAGUCAACUGCAAUGUGAAUACCUGAGUCUAUGCCAGUCGAAUGCAGUGUGGAUGACUAAGUACGUGUACGUCCACAUGCACGGUCCAUUUUCCAGACCCUACAAUUAAUUUAUAGGAAGUCACGGUGUGUUGUGCCAAAGUCGCUGCCACUAAUAAAGUUGUACUACAAUUUAUAUCCGUAAGCAUAUCGGCUGAUUCUAUAUUCUAUUUAUUCCAAUUAUGUUAGCGCAUGGCAGUGGCGAGCACUGCAGUAACACUGAGGUGUGUGCCCAUUUCCCAUGACAUGGAGUGAUUUUCA